AUGAAUUCGAAUUCAAUAAAUCAUAAAUUUACGUCUAUCAUUGAACAAUAUUCAAACGAUCAAUCAACUAGAAACAAGAUUUCCGAUUCACGCUCAUCUUCGUCAUCUCCUCAUUUACAAAAUUAUAAAACAACAGCUCAAAAACGAGCAACAACAAAUAAUCUUCAUCGAAUACCAACUAAAUCAAAAUGGUCAACUAGAAAGAGACUUUUAGUAGGUAUUGCAGUAUUUUUGCUAAUUGCUGCUUUUAUUACCGCUGCAAUAGUUCUCGAAACAACAAGUACAACAACAACUACUGUAUCUUCAGUAAUUGUUUCUGCAUAUUGGAGUUUCGAUAAUACAACAACCGAUUCAUAUGGUGUUUAUAACGGCCUACUUGUGAAUAAUCCAUUGUUUACUACUUCAGGCGCAUCUAAUCUGCCAUAUGUAGGACAUGGUCAAGCACUUAACUUUAAUUCAGCAUCAAAUCAAUCAUUUGUAGUUUCGAGUCCAUUUUUCAAUUUAAGCUACACAAGUUUUACAAUUGAAGCUUGGAUUUAUUACUCAACGUCUGUCUCUGAUCGUGGAAUAUUUGGUCAAUGUCAAUGUUCAACCUGUUCUAAUCAAUGUUUAUAUUUAAUUAUCCGAAAUAAUCGUUUGUACGUUGAUUUCACAUCGAAUUAUUUGUCUGGUUCCACAGCUAUUUCAACUAGUUAUUGGUAUCAUAUUGCAUUUGUUUACAAUUAUGAAACACGACAACAAAUAUUAUAUCUUAACGGAGUUCAAGAUGCUAUCAAAUCAAAUGCACAACCAUAUCAAGGACAAAAUGGAAGUAUCCACAUUGGUUCAGCUCAAACUUAUUCGACGACAUACUAUUAUCAGAGUUAUAUUGAUAAUGUCGCAAUAACAACAAGAGCAAAAUCUUCAGUAGAAAUUUUACGUGAUGCAUCUUUAAUGGCUUACUAUUCAUUUGAUUCACCAAAUCCAAAUGCUGAUAAUGGUCCGAGUGGAUUAAAUGGGACAUCGAGUAAUACAGCGACAGUUAGUGGACGUGUCAAUGAAGCAAUGCGUUUUCUUGGUUCAUUAUCAUCCUAUUUUCGAGCUUACGGUCUUUAUCAGGUUCCUUAUGGUGUUGUUAACGCCAAACCAUUCUCAAUGGCUAUGUGGAUAUAUCCAUCAUCACUUAACAAUAUAGCAAUAAUUCAGAUGUUUGGGACAAGUGUCAUGUCAUCUAAUUGUGUAACUUUGCUUGGUAUUUACUCAGCUAGUAGUAGUACAACAACGGGACAACUUAUUAUAUCCAACUAUAAUUCGUACGCAUCAUAUUUGACUGGUCCAUUUGUAACGCAAAAUACAUGGACACACAUUUCAUUGACAUAUAGUUUUACAAAUGGAUACACAUUGUAUGUUAAUGGAGUUCUUUUUGGUUCAACUGGCACUGUGUCAUACACGUCGUCCGGUACAUUGGCAAAUCUUUACAUAGGUUAUCCGUAUACUUGUUCUUCAAGUUCUGUAAAUGGAUAUUAUCAGGGUUACAUUGAUGAACUCUAUAUUUAUAAUCGAGAACUAUCACAAGCAGAUGUUACUAGUCUGGCUAAUCCGUGA